CGGAAGCAUCCCGGCGGAAGUAAACUUCAUGACGUCACGAGCAAUACUGGUUGGCAAAAUUGACGUGGCAGAAGCAGUUUUUCCUAAUUUAUAUUAGAUAUACUUAAAAUUGAAACCUGGUGCUGGCUAGGAUAAUUUAAGGAAUUCCUAUACACAUCUUGUGAGCGUUUGGAGGAAAUCAAAUCAAUCAAAAUUACAUAAAAUGGGUCUCACAAUUUCUUCACUUUUCGGCAGGCUUUUUGGAAAAAAGGCAAUGCGAAUUUUGAUGGUUGGUUUGGAUGCAGCUGGUAAAACUACAAUCUUAUACAAACUGAAACUAGGAGAAAUUGUUACAACUAUACCUACUAUAGGUUUUAAUGUAGAAACGGUAGAGUACAAAAACAUCAGUUUUACUGUGUGGGAUGUUGGUGGCCAGGACAAAAUCAGACCCUUGUGGAGACACUACUUCACAAACACACAGGGUUUAAUAUUUGUGGUAGAUAGCAAUGACAAGGAGAGAAUGGCAGAGGCGAAAGAUGAACUAACAAAAAUGCUUGGUGAAGAUGAACUACGAGAUGCAGUGUUGCUUGUAUUUGCUAACAAAAUGGAUCUUCCGAAUGCAUUGACAGCAGCAGAGAUUACAGACAAACUAGGCCUUAAUACGCUCAGAGGCAGAACAUGGUAUAUCCAGGCCACAUGUGCCACUCAAGGACAAGGAUUAUAUGAAGGACUCGACUGGCUGUCUGAACAGCUUUCAAAAUGAUAGAAAAAAUAAAUGCAAUUAUAAACUGGGAUUUCAGAAGGAUCUAUUGCAGAGCCUGGAUUGGUGUGAAGGGACAAUCCUUAUGUGAGACAAUAGAAUGGGAAUUUUGGGAUUGAUCCACAUUGUGUACAUAGCAGGAACUCUGGGCUAGAUCCUUCUUUGUUUUCUCAAAGCUACAGAGUCCAAAUGAACUUUUAAAAAGGAAUCAUUUCUAUCAACAACAAUUUUAACUACUUUCUGCGCUCAAACAGGCCAAGUAUAAGGGAAAACACUAAAUGCAUAUGUAUGUGAUAUUUCCACAAUAUAGUAAAAUUCCACAAGUUGGUAAAAUUUGAUUGGGAUAAUUUGGAUAUUUUUUGCAUGAUUAAGUCAUCAUUGGAACAUACUUCUGAAAGAAUAUCUUCCUUUGCUGUCCAUGUGUAAAAUACAAAGUAUUUCCAAAUUCUGUUAUUUAAAACUAGACUAGCUCACAAUGUUAACAAUUGUUAAAUAGUACAGUACUUUCCAGCAUAUCAUGUAAAUCACAAUUUUUACAAUUCAUUAUCAAAAAUUAGUUAUCGAGGUAGGGUCAUACGUCAUAUUGACUUAUGAAAGGCGUAGCUUUUAGAAUAGUUUGUCUUUUUCAUCUCUUGCGGAAUGUAAAAGUUGGCAACAUGCAAACACUAUGACAAAUAACAUUCCUUUUUAUUAUCAUUGUUGCAUCACAAUGGGUUUGUUUAGUCACAAUGGGUAGACCCAUAAUAGCAUACAUGGAUGCCUUCUCAGACUGAAAUAUUCUCAGUUUAAUAGUGCAAUGAAACCUGUAAAUUGGAACACCUCUGAUAGAAGAUCAUUGACUUAUGUUAAAUGAACCUUUGUAAGUGGAACACCUCCCUUGUGGAACACUUUUAGAGGUAUCAAAGGUGUUCCACUUAGACAGGU